AUGCCUCUUCUCCAGACAAGCCUGCCGGAAUUAACCGGUGUUUACAACAGUAAACUUGUCAAACUUGUCAAAAAGCCGUUGAAAGGAAGUAAGCUCGUCAGAGGGAAAGAGUACCCGAUCGGCUUAGAUCUGGUUGUGGAGUCUCAGGAUGGAACCUUAUCAGGACUUGAUAUUGCAGAAGUGAACCAGUUUUUCCAGGAUUUGGGAGAAUCUGGAACACUAUUACAACUUAUCACGGAACAUGGGCUGGUGAUAAUUCAAAACUUGAACUCCACGGAUCCAGAGCAUUAUUCCCAGAUUGUCAAUAGCUUUUUCAAGGCUCAACAGUACCAUGAGUUCGAGCAAGUUGGUUUGUUAGCGGUUAGAGAGAAGGUUAAGAAGGCGGUCAGUACUGUUGGUAAUGACGAUAAAUUGAACAAAAACCUCGGCAAGUUGAGUGCUCAUCAAGAGUUCUCCAGAUAUCUUGAUUAUCCUCAUGUUUUGACUUUUUUUGCUGAAAAGGCACCCAAGUUGGGUGGUGGGCAGUCCACUACAACGCAUGCAACAGAGUUGUUUGAUCGCGUUGUUAACAAAUUCCCUGAGUUCAUUAGGGAUCUGUAUGAAAAACAAGGAAACCAUGUUUCUCAAAAAUUCAGCUACAAAGUUUCUGGUGAGUCAAAAUUCAAAAUUUCCUGGACGGACGAAGGAGCCUUUGGCAAAUAUAUUACCCAGGAGGAGAAAGACAGCGAAGAUAUAGAGGCCAUGAAGGCUAAGGCAGUUCGUCUUGCAAACGAACGUGUUAGCAAGAAUGUUGAGUUCGACGAACAUCAUGACUUAAUUCUUCACCAAACCAGUGACAUAGUCCAGAUUCACCCUCUUACAAAAAACCCAAUCAUCUUCAGUAGUUUGCCUACUUAUUACGGUGGUUAUUAUAAGGCAAAGAAGGGUAAAACAGAGGAUGAGAUUUCUCAGUUGACUCCUCCUCCUCUCUCUUAUGGUGAUGGUGAUUUGAUACCGGAGAAGUACCUCGAUUAUUUGUUUGAGCAAUCCCAGGAACUUGAGUAUACUCAUGAUUUCGCUGACGGAGACAUUCUGUUUUUGGACAACUUUUCCGUUUACCAUGGUCGCAACCCAUAUACACGGGGUGACAGGACAAUCCUGGCCAGUUUUUGGGAGCAGAAAGAUUCAAGCAGACCAAAACCGUAUAAACCACAAACUUUGGAGGAGCUCAUAAAACCCUCGAUUUGA